UUUACUACAACAAAUUAGCCUGAAGAGGACUGCAUCAUGGCUGAGUGAAAAACACCCAGAGAAGUGAACCCAUCUUUAAAGUAGAGGCUGGUCCAGGUCUACAGACAGACAGAGAGACAGACAGCGGGUACAGACAGACAGACAGCAGAGAUGAGUGAUGUGAGUGAAGAGUCGCUGCUGGAUUAUUUCUACUCCACCGGAGGCAGCUCAGGCAGAGUCAAAAAUGCAGAUAUACUCAAGACAUUUAAGCCCUUUAUUGGCCACAGUGACUUGCAGUUACGUGCUAAAUACAGAGAGGAAUUCAAGCUCAUCAUCGACCGAAUCGCUGUGGUGAAGUCAGAGAAUGGGGAGAAGUAUCUUGUCCUGAAGAAGAAAUACAGUCAAAUGCUGAAUGAGCGAGACACCAAACAUCUCGGGAUAGACAGGGACGUACAGAGAAGUUCGAGCCCUGCCAGAGCUCAGGCUACUGCACAGUGGGACACGACGGACGCCUCGACGACUUCUCCUCAACAGAAGGAACAACAGGAUGAGCCGAUGUCAUGUGGAGAGCCAGACGGUGCUGCAGAGGACCAGCACGCUGUACUGCAGCCUCCUGCCAUCCAAACACAGGAACCCUCGGCUCAAAGCAACGGGGACGAUGAGCUGGACAAAGACUCUGGGUCAAAGUCGGAGUCAGAACAAGACGAGGAGUCUACAGGCAGUAUGGGCUCUGCUGCUGUCGCUCUGGAUCCCAUAGAGAAGGAGUGGAUCUACUCGGCUGCAGGUGCUCGAGUCCCUGACCUCUCUCAGCUGCUCAGACAGGACCCCUCGCUGGCAAACAAGAAGGACUUCACCUCAGGGUUUACAGCUCUGCACUGGGCCGCCAAACAUGGCAACGGGGACAUGGCCGCUCUGGUGGCGAACGCAGGCGCUGAUGUUAACACCAAAUCACAUGGGGGAUACACACCUUUACACAUCGCAGCGUUACAUGGUCAUCGGCAUAUUCUAGACCUGCUCAUAGAGACAUAUGGAGCCAAAGAAAACUUAAGGGACUACAGCGGCCGUCUUGCCUUCCAUUAUCUGAACAUCAAGGAACCAGAGGGUCCAGAGGAAGACUGCGAGCUGCAGUUUCAAGUCACUCAGGCCAGAGAGCGAAACAGGAACAGGAAGUUGGCAUCGCUGUUUCAAUCCAAGAAGAAGUGGGGCUCAGCGGAGGACCUGGCUCCGAUAGAGGAGGAGAGGAUGGCGUCACAUCAGCUCACCCUUCCUGCGUUCAGACCCAGAAAAUUCUCCCGCUGAGAAGAAACAGACAGCGGGGAUGAUUUCUGACUCUGCGAAGUCUCCUACGCUCACACACCCACUUAAUCCUCACGCACACAGAUAUGUAUUUACACACCUAAUGUAAAUUUGAAACAUUGAAUAGAAGUGUUGCAGAUGAAGCUUUAACGUGUAUUAUCUAUAUUUAUGCUUACCACAAAAGUAUUUCUCAAAGCCUUUGAAUUUAAUGAAUGUUGCUAAAUGCUACUUCUGCCUUACGAUUUCAAACAAGCUCAGGCCACGUGGAUUCACUCAGCUCGUCAUCACCUCAGUUUGACUCUGCACAAGUGUCCAGAUGAUCCAUGUUCACUCUCAGUGAGGAGUUAAAGGACAAAUCUAAAAACAGACUGUAUUAAAAUAACCAGUUAGCCUUCAAAAGGAGCACACUGGUGGUUUGUAUGUUUUUGCCUUUUAAAAAUAAUUUGUAUUUAACACUAUGCUGAACAUUUUCUAAAACUGAUUUACUGCCGUUGUCACACAGCUACUCAUUUAGAUUCAUGUCAGUAUAAUAUUAUAUUCAUCUUACAGAGACACUACAGGCAAACCAUGACAGCAAACAUUUUUAUUUUGUAUUGAAUUAAUUAUUUUCUCAAUAACGCCAUUAACUAAGGGACUGUAGGGAAAUUACUGGUGUAGGGAGGGGGGCUGAACCAGUGAGGGACUUAAACAUAAAUGAACAUCUAUUACAUUCAAGCCUUUGCCAAACAAGUUCACACAAUGCUAAUUAAGCCUAUCGACACCAGAGAAAGCUCUCUGUAUUUCUCAGAAUACCUGAGUUGUGUGUCUGUGGCGAUUUUCCUGCAGUUGCACACAACCGUCAAUCAGCCAGCGCAAAAGGGGGCAGGAAGGGGGUUAAGACCACAGGGAUGGAGGAGCAGCCAGGAGUAUGGCAGAAAAUCCUAAGAAGCAUCCAAGAAAGGUUUCUGGUGUGAAUGCUCCAGAAAAAAACUCUCAGCAUUCAGAGGUCGAAUUAAAGUAAAAUGGAACGCUGCUGGGUGCAGGAGGAGAUGCGGCGAGCUCAUCUGCAGGCACACGCCAUCAGCACGUGUCGACAGAGUUUGUCUAAGUUGUGCACUCCAGUUUUAAAACAAUAUUGGUUCAACUCGAUUCAUUAUUAAUAACUAAAAACGACAAAACAAAGAAUUUAAAAUGGAGUCACCAAACCUUAUCAUCCAUCCAUCCAUCCAUCAUUUAUCUGUAACUGCUUAUCUUGUUCAGGUUUGUGGUGCGGCUGGAGCCUAUCCCAGCUGACACUGGGCGAGAGGCGGGGUACACCCUGGACGUGUCGCCAGACUAUCACAGGGCCCAAACAUUAACAUUUAUUCAUAAUAUAUUGAGGUAUAAUCAUUUUUAUUAUUUUUGCAUUGGAUCCUUUUUUCCCUCCAAGUAAUCUGCAAAUCUGAAAACUGUUAAAUAAAAAUAAAUCUCAAAAAAAAUUCAAGACUACCUUAAAAAAAAACCUCCCUAAUUUCCCUAUCUAAUUAUUUUUGUACAGUCCCUAAUGGCAAUAAAAAUCUUGUAGACUUUUCAACACGUGAGCAGGAAACUCAGGUAAAAUCUUAAUGCAACCCCAUCAUCACAUUUGUUUUCACUGUUUGAUUAUAUUUGUUUUGAGGGUUUUCUGCUUGUGAAUGCAGCACUGCUUCUCAGAGAAGUUCUAAUUCUCCAAUAUCAACAUUUUCAAACUGGACUGAAGACAGCGGCCUUUUGGUAGGAAACAAAUUACUAUUAAAAGUUAAACAGCGCUUUAUAAAAUGUUUGGUAGUAAAGUGUUAGUAGCUGGUAGUUAAAGGGCUUAAACAUGUAAAAACAUCAGCGUGUUACUUUAAUCUGAGCCAGAGACGUUUCAGAGUGCCAAAAGUAUCGUAGUUUUUUUUCCCCAUCACCAUAUCUAAUGUUAGUCAGUGCCAGUUUGAUGGUUUUGUCAGCCACCUCCAGUACGGCCUCUACAUGUCUCUGCUUCCUGCCCUGUAUCAGGCUUUAAUGGCUGUUUUUCUGUCAUGAUGCAGAUUUGCAAUGCGUUUUUGUCAGUGGAUUGUUCUUUAAUUUGUUCACCUCCUGUAUUAAAGUGCCAUGUUAACGUUUGCAAAAUAUAUUUGCACUAUUAUGUUAAUCAGUGUCUUCUAGAUCAGUGGUUCCCACCUGGUCCAGAUUUCUCUUAAGUCAUUAGCUCAAGGUCCACACAGUCUGAUACAUUCAGCACACAGACUGUAUGUAAACAUGGCCGUGGUGUCUCCACUGACCCGCACUGUGCAGAGGUAAAGCUAAAAUAUCCUGGAUACCACGACAGUUGGGAACCACUGCUCUAGAUUGUUCUGUCCAUUGGUUUAAAGGCUUCUGUGUUGCCUCAGAUUGUGUAAUCUAAAGUUUAAAAAAAAAAUCUGCCUCCAUUACGUCAUUUGCACAAUAUUUAUAUAAUGAAGAUAUUUUGGUAAUAAACUGUAUUUUAUAUCAAA